AUGCCAGCCCCAACAGACGGCGAAACCAAACGUCGCGCCGCACGAGAAACCGUCGACAUCCUCCACGAAAUCUCCACAAUUCUCAACACAAACCUCGACCGCCAAGCCCUCUCCUACUGCAUUUCCUUGAUAGAAAAUGGAGUGAAUCCCGAAGCAUUAGCG